AUGACCUUCGCUGAGUUUGCUCUCCCGCGGCCGUACGACUUCUUCCAGGCCAUGGGUGUCUCACACGAUGACCGUUGCGCCUUCCGUGCCCUGGAUCACACCGCAGACGCCCUUGGGAUCCCCGACUGGUACUCGGAAGCCGCUGUUGGCGAGUUGUACCGUGUGCGCGCUGAAUCUGAAAAUCAUAUCACGUCUGCUGGGGUCGUGCGGUCCACACUGUGGACCUUUAUUCGGAAGUUCAAUCGCUCUGCCCGUACUGGUGGUCGCGCAGAGAUCUGCGGAGACACGAUUGGUGUGAACCAAGUCCAGUACCGCCUCGACGGCGUUCAGGCUAGCAUGGUCUGGAUUAUCAUUUGCUGGCACCUUUUGCAGCACCAUCCACUGAGAAAGGAUGAUUUUUUUAAGGUUAUGAAGCAUGUACUCCUGCCUAUUGCUAGAGAUUUUUAUGCCGACUAA